ACUACCAUCUCUGGAAACCUCUCUGAAUCUGCUCUUUCAGAAGUCCAGAGAGCCUUUCUUCUUCUUCUUCUUAUUCUUCUUCUUGACCUUUUGCGCAGCUUUGGUCCUGGCUAUGCGCUUUUCCAAAGGCCUACAGGGCUAGGAGGGCGCAUGCAUGCAUGCACUGAUGCACACAUGGCUGUCAAGACAGGCAGGUCAUAGACAGAGGCAUAGCCACCCUAGGCCACUGUGGCUUCCAACUUCCAAGAACCCUCUCACCACCACCCUUCGACAUUGAUUUCCCUCCUACGCAGCUAUAGCUCCCGUCCUAUCCCUUUCCUCGCGCCAUUGAUUUCAUCUCUUCUUCCUUGUCCUGGUCACAUCAACAUCAACGCAGCCACUGUCGCGCGAGAGAAAAAGGUCUCACAUGGUCCUUUUGCAAGCCUCUCUCCUCACCCGUCGAGUGCUGUCUGUCACUGCGCAAGGGGCAUCACACGCAGCAGCUGCACUGCGUGUGUAUAAAUGACCGCCUUGCUUCCUCCCAUUCAUAUCUCACAUCUUUGGUCAGUGACACUGAGAGAACCAUCUUUGGUCGCGAGUCUUCUUGGUACUUGAAAGCUUCUUCUUCCUCUUGCUGUUGCUGCUGUUGUGAGGGUUUGCGAUGGGAGUGGGGGGCACCUUGGAGUACCUGUCCGGGCUGCUGGGGGGCGGUGGAGGCCAUGGCCAUGGCCACGGCCACGGCAACAGGAGGAGGAGGAAGCAGAUGCAGACGGUGGAGCUCAAGGUCAGCAUGGACUGCGAGGGGUGCGAGCGCAAGGUCAAGAACGCCCUCUCCUCCAUGAAAGGGGUCCGAUCAGUGAACAUCAACAGGAAGCAGCAGAAGGUGACGGUGGCGGGGUACGUGGAGGCCAGCAAGGUGCUGAGGAAGGCGCAGUCCACGGGGAAGAAGGCCGAGAUCUGGCCCUACGUGCCCUACAGCCAGGUCAGCCAGCCCUACGUCGCCGGCACCUACGACAAGCGGGCCCCCGCCGGCUACGUCAGGAGCCAGGAGCCCGGCUACGGCAACGUGUCCGGCCAGGUCAGCAGGCAGGACGACCAGCUCACCGACAUGUUCAACGACGACAACGCCAACUCCUGCGCCGUCAUGUGAUGCGACGAGAGAGUAAAAAAAAAACUUGUGCUGAUGUUCUGCAUGCGGCUAGUGAUCCCUGUAAGGAAGUGUUGGACAAUGUUUGCGAGUUCAUCUCAAGUAGUAGCACUGAAGUAGUAUGAAUGUUACUAGUAGUUUGGAGUGCU